AUGAACGGAUAUCCGCCGAAGCCUGAUUAUGGAGACUACUCUUACAGAAAGGAUAUCCUUUUGGUGAUCGAUGUUGUGCUCGUGGGCAUCUCAUCGAUCGUUGUCCUCUUGCGAUUCUAUACAAGAUGUCAAAUUAGCAGAUAUUUCGGCCCUGACGACUGGUGGAUGCUUUUGGCUUGGCUGCUAGGUCUAGCGAACACAGGUCUUUGGAUAUACUAUCUUGAACUGGGCAGCUGGAAGCAUGUUACAGAUAUUCCAUUUGAGGAUUUUCCCGAGAUGUUCAAAGUCCUAUGGAUGAUUCAAUGGGUAUAUCUCAUCGCUACUGGAGCUGGUAAAAUGUCGGUGCUCGCAUUCUACCUGCGUGUCUUCCAAGGCCAAUCUCGACGGUUCCGACAUAUCAUAUUUGCUUUGAUGGCAUUGGUCGUGGUUUCAUCCGCAACCAUGGCUUUUGUACUCAUAUUUCAGUGCGAUCCCGUGCACUCAUUUUGGUCCCGAAUGUUUGGGGGUGGGAAACGAGAAUGUCUAAAUCCGGACGUGUUGCUUUACACGUCAUCUGGUAUCAUUGUGGUUACUGAUGUUACAGUCUUUAUACUUCCCAUGAAGCACCUAUGGCGGCUCAGCAUUCCAAAUCGACAAAAGCUUCAGGUAAUGUUUUUGAUGGGACUAGGUGGUUUGACAUGUGUCGCGUCUGCAUUCCGCGUCUACUACCUAUCUGUCUUGGUCAGCAGCCAAGAUCGGAAUUAUGAUGGUUUCGAGUACAGCUACUGGACCUCAAUCGAACUUUUCGUUGGUAUAAUCACGACAUGUCUCCCACCUUGCAAACCAUUCUUUAUGAGAUUAUGCUGUGCUGGCAGGACUCGAUCCGAUCAUUUUACAGAUGAAUUAGGAUCACAAAGUUAUGCACGAACGCGAAGCACGACGGUACCAUCGCUACGAUUUUCGAACGAGGAUGACAGGUCGACCCCUACAUCGAGCCGAGAUCAAUAUCAUGAAUUCCAUUUCCACAAGACCCGAAGUCUUUCGCCGGUACGAAUGGAGGAUCGCUGA